AUGGUUAUCUGUGUGGGAGCUAGGUGGAUUCUUCAUCUCCCAGAUACCACUUCUUACUUUCUAUAUAGCAGCCGGUGUGAUAGCAGGUUAAGACUUCACCAGAUGGUGAGGCUGAUCCCCAAAUGUAUCAUCCGCUGUAAUCUUCGCCUUCUGAUGUCGAGAUACGCCUUUGUGAAAAAGAUUGCUGAUUCUGCCGGAUUAGCUGAACAGAAUCAGCAAUUAGUAGCUUCCUUCAACUUGCUGAUGCUACCAAACACGACCUUGAUAUCUGGCUGGUGCACUCCCAUAGAUGGGCAAGCCCAGCUGGUGCACAGGGCAUGUGUAGCAGCAUUUUGUGGGGAUGUGGUUGGCAAUAGUUGGAUAAGUAGACUGGGUGGGAUUACAGAGAAGUGUUUCUUGAGUUUACUCAAGAUGCGCUCCAACAUAUUUCCCACUCGAGAGACCAUGAUACGUGGUAGCCGAGGGGUCUUCAUGCGUCCAAAGUGUAGAGUAGGGGUGGAGACAAUAUCUCACAUCAGCAGAGUUUGUGGUGCUCUUAAAGGGCCACGACUUGCCAGACACAACAAAAUCUGUAAUCUGGUAGCGAAAGAAGCUGCUGCCUAUGGCUGGAGUAUCAGUGUGGAGCCUUCGUACAUUGUGUGA